ACUUUUGAUCCCUCCAUCGCCAACUGUGACUUUGAGGGUGGUUUCUGCUGACACACCCAGGAUCAAAUGGAAGGAUCCCCAUGGAAGAGGGUGUCAGUCAAGCCCAACAUCUACAGGAUUGGGGACCACACAACAGGGGCAGGAUCCUUCCUUCUGGCCCACUCCCGGCUGAAUCCACGCGCUGGCUAUAUUAGCCACCUGCUCGGGCCUCUUCUGCCCGGCAACAUGAAGUACUGUCUGAGGUUCCACUACUCUCUCUGUGAAUUCAUCCAGACAGACCAGGCUCUCACCGUUUACAUUCAGCAUCAGAGCGGAAUCACACAGGAGAGGAUAUGGACCCAGAACGACAAGGUGUCUGGAUAGCGACAGAGGUCACCAUCCAGAGUCCAUAUGUUGCCAAUGUGGUGUUUGUCAGCACAUGUACGAACUUCUGACUGUGGGUCAGUCGCUCUGGAUGACAUCAGUGUGAGCCUCGGGGAUUGUGAUCUUACAGCAGGUCUUCUCCUGUCUGUCCCUGGGCUCUGUAACUUUGAGACGGGUCACUGUGGGUACAUUCAGGACAAAGAGGGUGAUAAAGGUGACUGGGUACUGGUGAGAGGGCCUACCUCCACUUCUUACACCGGGCCGAGGGUGGAUCACACCACAGGAGUCGGGUACUACAUGCCAGGGGUUCUCUGUGCCUGUGUUUCUUCUACCACAUGUAUGGCUCGGGCAUAGGUGAGCUCAGUGUCCAUCUGAGCAAGAAUGGAAAGGACAAAUUGCUAUGGAAACGCACUGGAGAGCAGAGCAUCACCUGGUUGAGAGCCACUGUGGAAUACCAAAGUGACCAACAGC